AUGGAGCAAGUAGAGGCAGGUACCCACGCUCAGGGCACCACAGGAGGCUCGAGAGGUCAACGUAGAGGCGGAGGUAAUCGAGUGCGCUACACCGAGAAGGUGUUCGUUCCCAAGCAGAGGAACCCGAACCAGCAGCCCACUUCCGCCGUCGACCCCUUCGCAUCCAAUGCGCCGUUCGACAAUCCUCUCGACUUCCUGCCACUUCCUCCACCCCACGUGAUCGAUCCUUCCAUUCAGGCCGAGCUCCAAGCCACAGGCAGCACGCAGCAGGCAUCGAGGCGGAAUGAGAACGGCAGAGGUAUUCGAGGACCGCGGCGCGGUGGGCAAGAGCGAAGCGCUGCGGAGGGAGCACCGCCGCGUGGCCGAAGAGAUGGCCAGCGAACCAAUCAGCGCAGCCGCGGGCGAAGAGAUUCUCCCCCUCAGGAAGUGGUAAUCGAUAGCCACCUCCCUCCGCACGAGCCCGAGGCUGGCGGUAGUGAGGCGGUUGCAGCUGCACCGGCGAGAGGGAAUGCAAGAGGAGGCGAGAGGCGAGACGAGGCGCGAAGGAACGGCAACGAACGGCAGGACGCUCGAGACCGUAACCAGCGAGGAGAGCGACGCAACGAACGAGGCCAGCAGCAGCGAGGAGGGAGGAGCCAGCAGAAGGAGCACCGGCAUCACCAUGACAACUACGCCCAUGCCCACGCUCGGGUCGCGACCACGGCGGCUCAUGGCGAGAUGACUGACCUGGCAGAGGAGCUGCUCGCAGGUCUGCUCAACGAUUCCUACGAGUGCAUGAUCUGCAUGAACAACGUCCGUCGACGCCAAUCGAUCUGGCACUGCGAAGAGUGCUACGCGCUGUUCCACCUGGACUGCAUCUCCAAGUGGAGCAAGAACUCGCUCGAGGAGGCUCGGCAGGUUCCUCAAGGCAUCCUCCCACAGAAGCCGCCGGCUGACGGGUGGCGUUGCCCGCACUGCAACAAGACCCAUCGACAGCACGAGGGUCCACCCGUAUCGCGGUGCUUCUGCGGCAAGUACGCCAACCCCGAGUUCAACCCCUACAUCACUCCCCACAGCUGCGGCGACCUCUGCGGCCGCAUGCGUGCCGGCACCGACUGUCCACAUCCGUGCAACUUCGACGGGUCCGGUGAAGUACUGCUGGUGCGGAAACGAGGAGUAUCGCACCCGGUGCGGCGAAACCGAUCCCGGCCGAAGCUGCGGCGAGCUGUGCGACCGGCCGCUAAACUGCCGGAAGCACAGGUGCGAGGAGCCCUGCCAUCCUGGGCCGUGCCAGAAGUGCACCAAGCAACUUCCGAUGAAAUGCUACUGCGGCAAGACCGAGGAGGAGCGUACGUGCGGCACCGAGGUCGAGGACAAGGCGAGCGGCGAGACGCGACACUUCACGUGCGGCUCCAUCUGCGGCCAGAAGCUAGCCUGCGGCAACCACACCUGCCAGCGCGUCUGCCAUACCGGUCCUUGCGACGAGUGCGCGCUGCUGCCCAAGCGCGUCAAGAAGUGCGCGUGCGGCAAGACCGACAUCUUGUUCCUCGUCGCCCCGCGUACCAGCUGCCUCGACCCGAUCCCCACGUGCACGAAGAAGUGCGAGAAGAAGCUCCAUUGCGGCGUUCACUCGUGCACCAAGAACUGCCACGUUGGCGACUGUCCGCCCUGCAAGGGGACCGUCGACAUGCCAUGUCGCUGCAAGCUCAACACCAAGCGGAUCCCCUGCCUGCAAGCCUUCCCGCUCAACGCCACGGACUCUACCGACAAGGCGCCGGUGCUCUGCGACGUGGCCUGCUCCGUCACUCGCUCCUGCGGCCGACAUCGCUGCAACACCAAGUGCUGUACGGCGGCCGGUGA